UCUCUACUCAAGACUUUUAGAGAGAAGUAAGAAAACAAAAGGCUACCUUCAUAUGAUACGGCUGGGGGAGUUGAGGCAUUGGCCUCAACUUGUGUACACUUUUGCUUUCUUAUUGAUUGCCAUUGGUGUUGUUGCUGACGAAUCUUAUAAAUAUGAUUCACCAUUGCCAUAUGGUGAUUGGAAAUUGCCUCCACCGGUAAAAAAUAGAUGGUCAUCUCCACCUUACUUUUACAAGUCGCCACCACCUCCAUCACCACAUCCACCACAUCCAUAUCAUUACAAGUCUCCACCUCCACCAUCCCCAUCCCCUCCUCCACCGUAUUUAUAUAAGUCUCCUCCUCCACCAUCACCUUCACCACCACCUCCUUAUGUGUAUAAAUCUCCACCGCCGCCAUCACCGUCCCCUCCUCCUCCAUACGUUUACAAGUCACCUCCUCCACCAUCACCAUCCCCGCCCCCUCCAUAUGUAUACAAGUCUCCUCCUCCACCAUCACCAUCCCCACCACCACCUUAUGUCUAUAAAUCUCCGCCUCCACCAUCACCAUCUCCACCACCUCCUUACGUUUACAAGUCUCCCCCUCCACCAUCACCAUCCCCUCCUCCUCCAUACGUUUACAAGUCACCUCCUCCACCAUCACCAUCUCCACCACCUCCAUACGUUUACAAGUCACCACCUCCCCCAUCACCAUCCCCUCCUCCUCCAUACGUUUACAAGUCUCCUCCUCCACCAUCACCAUCCCCACCACCUCCAUACAUUUACAAGUCUCCGCCUCCACCAUCACCAUCCCCACCACCUCCAUACGUGUACAAGUCUCCGCCUCCACCAUCCCCAUCCCCACCACCUCCCUAUGUUUACAAAUCACCCCCUCCACCAUCACCAUCCCCGCCACCUCCAUAUGUUUACAAGUCACCACCUCCCCCAUCACCAUCUCCCCCACCUCCAUACGUGUACAAGUCCCCACCUCCACCAUCACCUUCUCCACCACCACCUUAUGUCUAUAAGUCUCCGCCUCCACCAUCACCAUCUCCACCACCUCCGUACAUUUACAAAUCUCCUCCCCCGCCAUCACCAUCCCCACCACCUCCAUACGUGUACAAGUCUCCGCCUCCACCAUCACCAUCCCCACCACCUCCCUACGUUUACAAGUCUCCUCCUCCACCGUCACCAUCCCCACCACCUCCCUACGUUUACAAGUCUCCUCCUCCACCGUCGCCAUCCCCACCACCUCCAUACAUAUAUAAGUCUCCACCUCCCCCAUCACCAUCUCCACCACCUCCGUACGUUUACAAGUCUCCACCCCCACCAUCACCAUCUCCACCACCCCCGUAUGUAUACAAGUCUCCACCCCCACCAUCACCGUCACCACCACCCCCGUAUGUAUACAAGUCUCCACCCCCACCAUCACCGUCACCACCACCCCCGUAUGUAUACAAGUCUCCACCCCCACCAUCACCGUCACCACCACCUCCAUACAUUUAUAAGUCUCCUCCUCCACCAUCACCAUCUCCACCACCUCCAUAUGUCUAUAAGUCUCCACCUCCACCUUCACCAUCUCCACCACCUCCAUACGUCUAUAAGUCUCCACCUCCACCAUCACCCUCUCCACCACCUCCAUAUGUCUAUAAGUCUCCACCUCCGCCUUCACCAUCUCCACCACCUCCAUACGUUUACAAGUCUCCGCCCCCACCAUCGCCAUCUCCACCACCCCCGUACGUAUACAAGUCUCCACCACCACCAUCUCCAUCACCACCACCCCCAUAUGUUUACAAGUCUCCUCCCCCACCAUCACCCUCUCCACCACCUCCGUACAUUUACAAGUCUCCACCCCCACCAUCGCCAUCCCCGCCACCUCCAUAUGUGUACAAAUCUCCGCCUCCACCAUCACCAUCCCCACCACCACCUUAUAUUUAUAAGUCUCCACCUCCACCAUCACCUUCUCCACCACCUCCAUAUGUUUACAAGUCUCCACCUCCCCCAUCGCCAUCCCCACCACCUCCAUACGUGUACAAGUCCCCGCCUCCACCAUCACCAUCCCCACCACCACCUUAUAUCUAUAAGUCUCCACCUCCACCGUCGCCUUCUCCUCCACCUCCAUAUGUUUACAAGUCUCCACCUCCCCCAUCGCCAUCCCCACCGCCUCCAUACGUGUACAAGUCCCCGCCUCCACCAUCACCAUCACCACCACCACCAUACAUUUAUAAGUCUCCACCUCCACCAUCGCCUUCUCCUCCUCCACCAUACAUUUACAAGUCUCCACCUCCACCAUCGCCAUCCCCACCACCUCCAUACGUGUACAAGUCCCCGCCUCCACCAUCACCAUCACCACCACCACCAUAUAUUUAUAAGUCUCCACCUCCACCAUCGCCUUCUCCUCCUCCACCAUACAUUUACAAGUCUCCACCUCCACCAUCGCCAUCCCCACCACCUCCAUACGUGUACAAGUCCCCGCCUCCACCAUCACCAUCACCACCACCACCAUAUAUUUAUAAGUCUCCGCCUCCACCAUCCCCUUCUCCUCCUCCACCAUACAUUUAUAAGUCUCCACCUCCACCAUCACCAUCCCCACCACCUCCCUAUAUUUAUAAGUCCCCACCCCCUCCAUCUCCAUCACCACCACCUCCAUAUGUCUACAAGUCUCCUCCACCACCAUCCCCUUCACCCCCACCACCAUACAUUUAUAAGUCACCACCUCCACCCCCCAAGUCUCACCCACCGCCAACUUACUACUACAGUUCUCCUCCACCUCCGGUCCAUUACUAAAACACGAGCAUCUUCAACAUUUCAAUAUGCUAAAAGUAUAAAGUAUUUCUUUACCAUGAAGUUACUCCUCAAUAAAUUUCACAAUAUGUUUUUAUUCUUACACAAAUGUAUCCAUGAGUUAAUAAUGUCUCAAUGUGCUAUAACACUGGUAUAUCUAUUUUUUAGACAUCAUGGAUGCUAUUGUUUCUUGUAAUCGAUUAAUACAAAUACUUCAUCUUGAAUUGUUUUUUUUUAUCA